ACACGAGCAGGAGGAGACAGACCCGGUGGUGGGUCUGUCAGAGCUUAUAAAGGUGGGGGCUGAGCCUGCCCUACGACCAGCUUCUCGAACUGAGCACUUGGGCAGCACCUUCCAGAAGCAGCCUGUGGACCAGCUUGGCCUCCAGCCUCUGAUCUCCAUCCUCCAUCCUCCCAAGGGCCUCCACUGCUCCCCUCGCCUCAGCAGGUGCAGUUUGGCUCAUUGCCUGUGGGUCUCCCCUCAGGCCUGGCCCUUUCUGGAACCGCCCUGAGCCAAGAUGGUGACCCUGCUGCUGCUCUCUGUCCUGGUGGGCCUCUCCAGCGUGGCUGAUGGCCAGGGCGUGCACCUGGGCUGGUGUCCUGAGCCUCCCGUCCAGGAGAACUUUGAUACCCUGAAGUACCUCGGGAGAUGGUACGAGAUUGAGAAGAUCCCCGUGAGUUUUGAGAAGGGAAGCUGUAUCCAGGCCAAUUAUUCCUUGAAAGAAAACGGGAAGAUCAAAGUGCUCAACCAGGAGAUUCGACCCGAUGGCAGUGUGAACCAAGUGGAGGGGGAGGCUGCUCCCGCCAACCUCAGCGAGCCCGCCAAGCUGGGAGUCAAGUUCUUCUGGUUGAUGCCCACUUCUCCCUACUGGGUCCUGGCCACGGAUUACGAGAACUAUGCCCUCGUGUACUCCUGCACCACCUUCAUCUGGCUCUUCCACGUGGACUACGCCUGGAUCCUGGCCAGACGCCCGUACCUCCCGCCCGCCAUGGUGAGCCAGCUGAAGGGCAUCCUCAGCGCCAACGGCAUCGACAUUGAGAAGAUGGUGCCCACCGAUCAGAUGAACUGCCCCGAGUUCCUCUAGAAAGCCCCCGGGCCGCCAGCCCCCACCUCCCUGGGCCACCAGCUUGCUCCAGCCCGGCUGCCCUGGGGCACCGCCCCUGCCUCUGGCUUUGCUCUUUGGAAAGAAAGCAGCAGCCGGGAAGCUGGGCCCAAUCCCCGGCCUCUCUGGCUCCAGGGAGCUGGGAUCCAUGGGGAGGGGGAGCCUUUGGGAAACGUGGCCUAGAAACCUGGCUUUGUCCCCCUCCUCCCCCCAAGAUCACUAACGUCCCCCAGCACUCGCAGCAGCCCCGCCCCCGGGCCAGAGCCCGGCCUCCCUGAUGCGGCCCAGGAGGAGAAAAAGCCGGGCGCCCCCCCAUCCCCCCCCUGGGCCCCCCCCUCGCCUCUCCCUCCCCCUCCCCCCGGCCUCCCUCAGCCUCCCCAGCGAGGGCACCAGAAGCCGCGUGCUUAGCAAGGCUGCCAAUAAAACCUCCAGGGUCAGCCUUAA